AGGACAACGUAGAGAUCGUGCGAGACUUGAGUCAGUGCGCGUGAGUUAGUUUCCUUUGUGAGGAGCUGGGAGCGGCUAACGGCUAAUAACGAUUAAUCUUCAUCUUAGAAUCAGCGUGAACAUCCACCGCCUGUAAACGACACAUUUGAGUGACGCCCCGACACAUUUUCGGACACAGUGAACUUCCUAAGUGGUUUCCAUGGCGCUGAGAAGAGGACACAUCAGGUACCUGAAGGUGUGCGAGGUUCAGUCGUCACAGAGUGACGUCAGAGAUGCUCAGCAUGCGGCCAAAGGAACGGAUUUGUACAACAACGGCUUCAGUGAGCAGAUGAUGGAGGACGAAGACGCGAGGACAAACCUGAUCGUGAACUACCUGCCGCAGAGCAUGAGUCAGGACGAACUGCGAAGUCUGUUCAGCAGCGUCGGUGAAGUUGAGUCGGCAAAACUCAUCCGCGACAAAGUGGCAGGCCACAGUUUAGGUUACGGCUUUGUUAACUUUGUUAACCAUAUUGAUGCCGAGCGAGCGAUCAAUACGCUCAAUGGUCUGAGGCUACAGUCUAAAACCAUCAAGGUGUCGUUCGCACGGCCGAGCUCUGACACGAUCAAAGAUGCAAACUUGUACAUCAGCGGUUUGCCCCGAACUCUGAGUCAGCCCGAACUCGAGGACAUGUUCGCUCGUUUCGGACGCAUCAUUAACUCCCGAGUACUGGUGGACCAGGCCUCAGGUCAGUCAGGUGACCUCUCAGGUCAGUCGUGUGACCUCUCAGGUUUGUCCAGAGGCGUGGCCUUUAUUCGCUUUGAUAAGCGAGCCGAAGCUGAAGACGCCAUCAAGCACCUGAACGGUAACACGCCCCCCGGCAGCUCCGAGCCAAUCACGGUCAAGUUCGCUGCAAAUCCUAACCAGGGCAGGAACUCGCAGUCCACGUCACCGAUGUACCACGGCCAAUCACGGCGCUUCGGAGGACCGGUUCAUCACCAGGCGCAGAGAUUCAGGUUUUCUCCGAUGAGUGUGGACCAUAUGAGCGGAGGGGGCGGAGUCUCAGGGGGCUCAUCCUCCGGUUGGUGCAUCUUCAUCUAUAAUCUGGGUCAGGAUGCAGACGAGGCCAUCCUAUGGCAGAUGUUCGGGCCGUUUGGCGCUGUCAUCAACGUGAAGGUGAUCCGAGAUUUCAACACAAACAAGUGCAAAGGUUUUGGCUUCGUCACGAUGGCGAACUACGAAGAAGCCGCCAUGGCGAUCCACAGCCUGAACGGCUACCGACUGGGGGAUAAGGUCCUGCAGGUGUCUUUCAAGACCAGCAAGGGACAUAAGUAGAUGGGGCGGGGCAUCUAAACCAAUAGCUUUUUUUUUUUUUCCUGCAUGCUCAGUUCCUAUGAACUAUGAAAAUAAAAUAAUGGCCGUAAGGUCAAGGGGUCACAGUUUUUGUUCAUGUGUUAGGAGAUUGACAGCUGCCUGGGCCAGUAAGCAUGCAGUGGGUGGGGCCUUAGGUUUUAUGUCCUGGUUUUACUGUGUCAUGUGAUUUUAUUUUUGUAUUUCAGUUUGUUCAGUAAUAAACAUUUGUU